AUGGGCCUGGAGCUUUACUUGGACCUGCUGUCCCAGCCCUGCCGCGCCAUCUACAUCUUUGCCAAGAAGAACCGCAUUCCUUUCGAGAUGCGCACAGUGGAGCUGCUCAAAGGCCAACACCUCAGCGAUGCCUUUGCCCAGGUGAACCCCCUGAAGAAGGUGCCUGCCUUGAAAGAUGGGGACUUCACCUUGGCUGAGAGUGUGGCCAUCCUGCUCUACCACCGCAAGUAUAAAGUCGCUGACCAUUGGUACCCCCAGGAUCUACAGGCCUGUGCCCGUGUGGAUGAGUACCUGGCAUGGCAGCAUACGACCCUGCGGAGAAGCUGUCUCCGGGCCCUGUGGCAUAAGGUGAUGUUCCCUGUUUUCCUGGGUGAGCCAGUAUCUCCUGAGAUGCUGGCGACCACCCUUGCUGAGUUGGAUGUGACCCUGCAGUUGCUUGAGGACAAGUUCCUCCAGAACAAGGCCUUUCUCAUUGGGCCCCAUGUCUCCCUGGCUGACCUGGUAGCCAUCACAGAGCUGAUGCAUCCUGUGGGUGCUGGCUGCCAAGUCUUUGAAGGUAGACCCAAGCUGGCUGCAUGGUGCCGGCGUGUGGAGGCAGCAGUGGGAGAGGAUCUCUUCCGGGAGGCCCAUGAGGUCAUCCUGAAGGCCAAGGACUGUCCACCUGCAGACCCCACCAUAAAGCAGAAGCUGAUGCCUGCGGUGCUGGCCAUGAUCCGGUGAGCCAGGAAGCCUUGUACCUGCUCUGCCCAGGAUAGUUCGCAAAGCAUCUUCAUUUCCAAUCUCCCAUGGGAGGUUGGCUCAGAGGGCAGGAGUGACUUGCCUGAGUCCCACUGCCCCUCUGCUCCCCAGGUUAGAUCCCUACACCCACACCAUCUUCCACAGCGGCCUGAAAGCCACAAUGAGAAUGGAACACCCAGAUCUUAUCUCCUUUAAUCACUGCAUUUUGUUUUCAGUUUAGGAAAUAAACCUGGGCUCAGCCUGAGCCUGUGCUUCUAA